UGUUGGGAAUAAAGUGCCAGAGACUCAGCUUCCUUCCUUUCUGUCGGUGGCCUUGGGGAGGGCGGGGCUUUGGCUGGAAUAAGGGGCUUCUGGGCUGAGAAGUGGGAGACAGGCUUCCUUGGAGAGAGGAGUCCUCCUGUUGUGUGCUGGAGUCAGCUAGAGUCACCCAGGCCCUGUGAGCGAUUGGUAGGCGUGCCCAGCUCUGCCGGGGGAGAGGGCCAUUCUCAAGGCCAAGGCUGUUUGCGGAGGAGGGAGAACUGGAUGCUUGGUCAAGCCUGGCGGCUGGGCAAGAACCUCCCUCCUCCUUCUCAGAAAGGUCUAGACUACAGCAGCUCAAAGGAGCAUCCUCCCUUCCUGCUCUAUCUGAGACCCCCGUCCCUGGCCCACCUCAGCUCCGGCUUCUCCAGGCCCGCCAUGGACUCAGCAGCCAACGAUGAAAUGCAGCCUGCACUUCCUCCUGGCUCUUCCUGCCCAGGGCCUGAGUGGCCAGAGCAGGAGAGGGCAGAGCGGCUGGCCCGAGGUGCUGCGCUCAAGUGGGCCUCGGGCAUCUUCUACCGGCCGGAGCAGCUAGCCAGGCUGGGGCAGUACCGCAGCCGCGAGGUGCAGCGUACCUGCUCUCUGGAAGCACGCAUCAAGUCGGUGGUGCAGUCAUACCUGGAAGGCGUGCAGACUGGUGUGUGGCAGCUGGCCCAGGCCCUUGAGGCCAUGCAGGGGACCCGUGAAGCCUUGAGUCAGGCCCAUGGGUUGCUCCAGGACAUAUCCAAGUCCUCACAGACCCUGGAGACCCUGCGGGAGCAGGUUUCCCAGCACAAGCAACUGCAGGCCCUGUCUCAGUUGCUGCCCCGGCUGCAGGCAGUGCCAGCUGCAGUGGCCCACACACAGACCCUGAUUGAUGCCCAGCGGCUCUUGGAGGCAUAUGUGAGCCUUCGAGAGCUGGAGCAACUGCAAGAGGAGACAUGGGCACCCCUGGGGAGCCUGGAGUUGCCAGUCUUCCAGGAGCUGGGCCUUCUGGCUGAGGCACUGGGCCAGGCUGUGGAGGCAGCUGCAGGGGCAGCAGGGCAGCUGGCACGGGAGGACCCAGCCCUGCUGGUGGCUGCUGUGCGUGUGGCAGAGAUGGAGGCUGGACGAACAACCCACCUGGGGCAGGCUCCCCGGGACUGGAGGCAGCGCUGUCUUCAGGCACUACAGGAAGGCCUGGAGCGAGUCCACUUUGGGACAUCUCUGCUGCCUGGUCCAGGGGCUCUAGCAGAGUGGCUGGAAGCUCUGCGAGUGGCCCUGCCAGCUGAGAUGGCCACAGCUGAGGCACUAGUAGCACCCUGCUGCCCGCCACACUACAAAGUGGUCCAGCUAUGGGCCCACACCCUGCACAGUGGCCUGCGCCGCAGACUGCAGCAACUCCUCACAGGGCCUGAGCUGGGGGCUUCUGAUGCCUUUGCCUUGCUGCAUUGGGCACUGCAUGUGUACCUGGGGCAGGAAAUGAUGGGGAGCCUGGAGUUGGGGCCUGAGGCUGAUGUAUCCCAGCUGGAGCCCCUCCUAACCUUGGAGAAUGUUGAGCAACUAGAAGCAACAUUUGUGGCCAAAGUCCAGGCAAGUGUGGCCCAGUGGCUACAGAAGGCACUGGAUGGGGAGGUAGCUGAGUGGAGCCAGGAGCAGGAGCCCAACACAGACCCAUCUGGCUUUUACUACUCACCAAUGCCGGCCAUUGUGCUGCAGAUCCUGGACGAGAACAUUCGAGUGACCAGCCUGGUCAGUGAGUCACUGCAACGGCGGGUGCAUGGCAUGGCACUGUCAGAGCUGGGUGCCUUCCUGAGGAGCUUCAAUGAUGCUCUGAUCCGAUUCUCCCGAGACCACCUCAGUGGGGAAGCAACGGCCCCUCAUUAUGUGUCCUACCUACUUGCGGCCCUCAACCAUCAAUCAGCACUCAGCUCCUCAGUGUCCGUCCUGCAGAACGACUGGGUGGCUUCAGGGGCCUUGGCUUCGGUGGAAGCUGGGCUGGACGAGUUGCAGAGGAGGAUCUGCCGUCUGGUGUUGGAGGCGCUGCUCGCGGAGCUCCAGGUGAGGCUUCACUCAGGGUGGGAUGGAGGUGGGAGGUGGAGACGCAGCCUAUGUAUAGGGGGGUUCCGCGGACAUGGGUUGACACCUGGCCCACCUGGUCUCAGAUCCAGAUCCUCUGCUAGGUCUGGAUCAUUUCUCCAUCUCCGGCUCCGCCCCCUCCCCCAGUCUCUGUUCGCAGCUCUGCCCUCGCGCCAGUGGCUGUCGAGCCCUGAGCAGCUGGACGGUGUGUGUGAGCGGACAGAGCGCUUCUGCCGGGACUUCUGGCGCGUGCGGAACCCCGCGGUACAGCUGCUGCUGGCGGAGGCAGAGCGGGCCGUGGUGCUGCAGUACCUGCACGCGCUGAUGCAGGGCCGCCUCGUGUGCCGCGGGCCCGACGAGAGGACCCAGGCGGCCGAGCGCCUGCGGCAGGAUGCUGCCCAGCUUCGCGAGCUUUUCCUCGGUUUGGGCCUGGAGGAGAGCGCUCACUGCGCGCCGGUGCUGCUUGCCCUGCGGGAGCUGCUGAACCUCCGCGACCCCAUGCUGCUUGGCCUCGAGGUGGCGAGCCUGCGGCAGCAAUUUCCCGACGUGAGCGAGGACCACGUCUCCGCCCUCUUGGACCUGCGCGGGGACGUGUCCCGAGAGCAGCGCCAGGCCGCCCUCAGCUCUCUGCAGGCGGGCCCGCCGCCCUCGCCCCCCGCCGGCCGCCGCGCACUCUUCAGCCUGGUGUUGGCGCCCGCGCCCGCGCUGUCCUCCUGCCUCACGUCGGGGUCCUGCGCCUGACGCCCGGCUUGCCGCAGAAUAAAGCCACGGCUCCUGUA